CUGCCGCCGCCGAAAGGGGCCGCGGGGCUCAGAGCCCGGGCCCUGGGCCGCUCUGGAAAGCGGGCGCAUCAACCCCGAGCGCUGCCCAGAGGCAGAUCUCCGCGGUGCCGGAGCGCCGGCAGCGCCGGCCCUGUUGCCGCUCCCGAACCCGCCUUCGGGGCUGACUCGGGGAGCUCUUACAUUCACUUUUUUUUUUUUUUUUUUUCCCCGCGGCCCGGAACCUUCCUCCCGCGGCAGCACGGGAGGCGUUCGGCGCGGAGCAGGCAGGAAGGAAGGCAGGAAGGCAGGCAGGCGGCAUGGCGGGCUGCGGGCUGCUGGCCCGGCUGGGGGCCCGGCUGCGGGCGGCGGCGCCGGGGAGGCGGCUCUGGGCGGCGGCGGGGGGCUCCGGGCACAGGGAUCAGCUGUGCUUUGUAGCCAGGCAUGUUAACAGCUCAACGUGGUGGCAUGAGCAUCUCUCUGAAGAGAAUGUCCAGUUCCUCAAGAAGGCAACUGCGGAGGAAUACAAAGCUCAGACAGCCAGCAAGCUGUGCCCUCUGAAAGAUGAGCCGUGGCCACUGAAUGAGUGGAAACCAGAUUCCAUCAGAGUUGGUGUUGUUGCAGUAAAACUGGGAAUGAUGCCAAUAUGGACCAAGUCAGGAAAAAAACAUGCUGUCACACUGCUUAAGGUGCAAGAUUGCCAUGUUUUAAAAUAUAUUUCAAAGGAAGAGUCAGGUGGAAAAACAUCUAAACUACUUGUUGGAGGCAAAAAUGGAUCUCCUUUUUAUAAAUCAGAGUCUGCAAUGGAAAUUUUUAAAGAAGCUGGAGUACCACGGAAGCAGAAAGUUACAACGUUUAAUGUAACAGAUGAUGCCAUAAUUAAACCAGGUACUCCUUUGUAUGCUGCUCACUUUCGCCCAGGGCAGUUCGUGGAUGUGACAGCAAAAACAAUUGGUAAAGGAUUUCAAGGUGUCAUGAAAAGGUGGGGAUUUAAAGGUCAGCCUGCAAGCCAUGGCCAGACGAAAACUCACAGACGUCCUGGAGCAAUAUCUACCAAUAAAGCUGCCAAAGUUUAUCGUGGAAAGAAAAUGCCUGGUAAAAUGGGUAACAUCUAUAGGACAUCUUAUGGUUUAAAGGUGUGGAGGAUCAACACAAAACAUGACAUUAUUUAUGUAAAUGGAUCUGUUCCAGGUCACACAAAUUGUCUGGUGAAGGUCAAAGAUAGCAAAUUGCCUACUUACAAGGACUGCAAUAAAAAUCCUCCGUUUCCUACAUUUUUUGCGGAUGGAGAUGAAAAACUACCAGAAGACCUGUAUGAUGAGGAGGUUUUCCAGUUCACAGAUCCAUCUGUCACAUAUGCAUAAGGCUCUUCACAUCUUUGAGAACACACUUGGUUAUUUUCACAGACUUUGCAAUGCUGUAUAAGAAUAAGCCUAUGAAUUGCAGUCUGGCCAGCUGACUUGAACACUUCAGAUAUUGCCAUUUUGGUCAGGCAAUAAGAUUUACCACUGUCCAUUUCAAACCUGUAUUUAAAGCAGCAGGUGAGUCUGAGGGGCAGGUUGUAAAGCAUACCAAACCAUUUGUUGUCAGUAAUCUCUUGUCCUCUGUCUCAGGCUGUGAAAACGUACAUGUUGUGGAAAACCUGUUGUUUAGAAGAUGGUUCUAUUCAGUUUUUUUAAUGGUACCAAACUCUUUUUUUAUGGAAAGUAUUCUGUCCAGCUCUGAUCAAUAAAAAAAAAUACUUCCAAA